UUAUUAUCUUAAAACCUAAAAACGAAAAUAGUUGACAAGUUGGUUGGAUCCUAUGAGAGAGCAAUUUGUGCACUUUUUAGGAUAAAACAAUGGUUUAGAUUUUAGAGUGUAAUAUAUACAAAACACAUUAUUUCUAUUCUUUAUUGAAAAUGAUAUGAUUGACAAUUAGUGGUCAGUGUUUUUAAUCACUUUAGUCCCGGUGACAAUGGCCAGAAGAAGUUAGAUGAAACAAGUCGAUAGGCUAGAUGAAACAAGUAUGGAAGAGACGGUGGUUCGACCUCUUUACACUCAAUUAUCAACCUCCGCUACCGACUGCGACAAUGAAUUCCCGCUACGGACUUCGACGACAAUAGAUCUUUUUUCACCUGAAAUAAGAUCAACCACGUCUUACACCCACCACAUGUUUGAUAAAAUGUCUCACUAUAUAUAUAUAUAUAUAUAUAUAUAUAUAUAUAUAGCUGUACUGGACUCCUUUUGAGUAGAAAGGAUAGAUAUGGACACUUCACCCUUAGUAUGAUGAGGCCUGCAGCAAAACUAUUGCAUAUGUUCACCGUGACAUAUCAAGCAACAACAUCCUUUUGAAUUCAAAACUACAUGCUUGUGUCUCUGACUUUGGCACUGCUAGAUUACUGGAUCCUGAUUCGUCCAAUCAAACCUCGAUGGUAUGCACUUAAGGAUAUGGUUCUCCAGAACUUGCCUUCACCAUGGUUGUGACUCAAAAAUGUGAUGUUUAUAGCUUCGGAGUUGUGGCACUAGAAACACUCAUGGGAAGGCAUCCAGGAGAACUUCUCCAAUUAUUGGCAUCAACAUCUGGUCAAAAUAUAAUGCUAACUGAUGUGUUAGACACACGCCUCCAAGCUCCAGCGUGCAGAGUGGUUGCACGGGGUGUUGCUCUAGUUGCUGCAUUGGCAUUUGCUUGCUUACAUUCUGAACCAAACUCUUGGCCGACAAUGCUACGUGUCUCUCAGGAGUGUCUUGCUAGCAGGAUUUGCAAACGAUGGCCUUGGUAUUGCGACUCCAGCUUUUCCCGCAGCCACCAUAAAGGUCGCUGCUAUGCUCCGAUCACCAGGUCCCCUCACAGUGACCUGGUUCCUCAUCACCAGAGACCACUUUGGUCGCCUUUUCUCUCUCGACACCAGAACUUUGAUAGCAGCGACCUCCAUGGUCGCUGCUUCUUCUCAUACACAUGAUCUGGCUCUAUUCUUCUCGGUGCUGGCAGCGACUAGAAGAUCGCUACCCUUUCUCCUUGUACCAGGUUGGUUUGAUCUCCAUGGAUGGCGACCUGGUCGCCAUCCUUUAUCUGCAGAAUGGGUCGCCAAUAAUGAUGACCCACAGUAAGAUCAUUGCGAUACAAGUCGCUGCUAGAAAACCCACAACCAUGUGGUAGCGUAUGCCGGCAGCUACUCCUGUGACCGCUGCGGCACCGCCGGUAGUCACGAGGAGAAUAGUAAAAACGAGUUCACCGGUGGGUUGUCGGACAAGAUGGGGCAAGGGUGAACGUGGAUAUAGAUAGAUAAAAUUAGAGGGGGUGGUGGUGGUUCAUCUUUGAUGCAUGUAAAUAGUAUAUGUAUAUGUAACAAAGGAGAGUGAAAUUAAACUAAUCUAUUAAUUUCACAUCAUGGCAUCCUCCAAUUCCAUUUCUCUAGGGCUAGAAGUAAUAUGUUCUAACUUCGAGGUAUCCCAACUUGUUUUCUUCUCCAGGUACGGCUUGAUUUCGGGGACGAAAUUUUUACUAGUUGGGUAGGUUGUGAGGUCCUAGAUUACCCUUAAUAUUAUAUGCUUAUGUGCAUAGGAAUACGUGUCACGUGGGUCUCGGGAUUCAUUUUGAUCAUUUCUUCGAGUUUAGAACUCUCAUAAAUGUGUUUUAGACAUUUUUACUCAUUUUGAAUUUUCGGGCCCGGGAGCUCCCAUGUGGAGCCGUGUUUUCUUGCUCGCGAAUUUUUUCGACUUUAUUUUCACUGUCUUGUUUUUAUAUUAGUGCAUUUAUUUUUCAUAUGUGGCUAAGUGUGCAUGCAUAUGUAAGUGUAUGAGAAAUAAGGGCAUGGGGGUAAUAUUAAGGGUUAUAGUGCUUGUUUGGCCGUAACAAAUGGUAUUAGAGCUUGACAAAGCCGAAAGUGUGCCGACGAAAACGUCAGGCCAAGGGGGUGGAAGGCGGGAACAGACAUGUGAGAGGCAAGGCUCUGGUGCGAGUUAUGUGUGCUCAUAUAUAUGUGGACUUGUUGACAUAAAUAUUUCCUUGAAGCCUUAGAACCGAUUUUUGGGCAAGUUAAUUGGUGAAGUUGGACUGACUCUCCAUGAUUUGUUGUACAGUGAUUUAGGUUUUUUCCUCCAUCUCAUCUAAUGUGUUCAAUGUAUAGGUUCUCAAUUAGCUUUUUUCUCGACUGUUUGAAAACAAAGAGCAUGAUCAGGAUGAUUUUCAGAGCCGACAAUUUUCUAACGGAGUCCCUUUCUAUAGCAGACUUGUUACUCCUUAUGACUUUUCCAAAGCGUUGAGUGUGGGUCGAAGGACAGACACUUUAAUAAUGCAUCAAUCGGCUGUCUAGUAUGCCGUGGAGAAAACUUCAUCACAACCAAUUUAGUCAUCAUAUUGCUUUGGAUUUUUUUCAUUCUACCUUUUACAUGACAGAGGGUCACAAAAUUUAAAUUUAAAUUUAUUGCUCAGUUUGGCAUAAUCCUUUUGAAUUCUUGAUAUAUAUUUACUGUAUGUGUUUGAACCUACUAUUGGACUUGAUUCACAUCCACAGAGAUUUUUAAACCUAAUUUCAGUAAAAUUCCUCUCAUAGAAGAACUCUAACAAGCCCAAUAAAAACAGAAAUUGAAGACAAUAUCCAAAUAAUAAUAUCCUCCUUCGACUGCUAUUUUUCAUUUAUAUAGCCAAGUGGCCAUGCCCAAAAUCGCAGCUUCUAACUAAUGUAAAAUGUAAUGGCCUUUUUUAUUCAGUUUUUUGUUUGUAACUAGAUAUUAGUCUGAAAGUUUUCAUUUAAUUGACACUUGUGUAGGAACAGAUAUACGAAAACACAAUUAAGGGAAGAACCCAAUUUCAUAAAAUAUUUUGGUUUUUUGAUAUUUUUGUUGGUUUCUAGAGUUCGUAAAUAUUAUUGCCGGACAAAUUGAACCAACACUCUGAACUUCCUGAUCGAUCCGAAAAUGCUCUCUUUUGUUUUUCAACUAAAUGUGAAUUCGAUCAUAUAGCUUUUCCAACUAAAAUAAGUUUAUUUCUUUGAUUAUUAUUAAUAUCAUUUUUUGAUGGUAAAUAAACAUAUUUUAUAGUAAAGAAACAAAAGGCCAUCGGGAACCAAUGAGGCAACAAAAUAAAUUAGAGUCACAGCAUAGAAGGGACCAUUAGACCAACUUAGUAGUACUCUACUCUUAGAUUCACUGGUUCGACUUUGGAUGAUGGAUCAACUUAUCACUUUUUCUAUGAAAUAUGGACCUGUAAAAUUGUACAAAAUUAUUAAAAAGGAUUACAUAUACAUAUACUACAUGGAAUAGCCUGGUUAGAAAGAAUAACAUAAUUUAUUUAGGGAAAAAAAAAGGAAAGAAAGAAAAAACCACAAAAUUUGGAUGAUUUCCAACUGAGAUAGAAAUUUCUCAAGUGUUGUUACUUACCACCCAAAAUAAAUGUAUCCUUUUUGAGAUUGGGUUAACUGGCAAAUCGAAUAUAAUUUAAAAUACAUAGAAUUAUGGAAUUGAAUAUAGGUCUUGCCGUAUUUGGAUCAGAUUGGACUUGAUCCAAGUGAUUUGUUUUUUACAGGAAUGAUUUUCUAUUGGAGUCCCUUUCUAUAGACUUGUCAGGUACUCCCUCCUUCUAUGUUUUUCAAGGUGAUGCUUAUGGGUCGGCCACAAAGGAGACAUACUUUGUGGCCCAUAAGCAUCAAUCAGUUUGAGUUGACGAAAACACCUGGUCUAGUAUGCCGUGGAGAAAACUUCUAUUACCUCUGUCCCAAAAUAAAUCGUCUCGUUUGAAAAAUUGUGACUCACAAUUAACUAUUUAGUCAUCAUAUGACUUUGAAUGAACUCAUUUUUACCUUCUUGCUCAUUUUGACUUAUACUCAGUUAAACCAUUGGCCUUGAUUCAUAUCCAUUGAGAUUUUUAGAACCUAAUUUCAGUAAAAUUCUUGUUUCUCUCGAGUAGAACUCUAAGAAGCAGCCCAAUACAAAAAGAUAUUCAAUACAAUAUCCAUCACCCUCAAAUAAUAAUCAUAAUGGUCGAGUUAAUAAACGCCAACAAGCUCAUGAGCAACCGCAUGCCCAAAAUCUCAGCUCCUAACUAAAGCAAAAUGUAAUGGCCUAUUUGAUUCAGCUUUUUGUUUGUGACCUUGAAAUUAGUUUGAAAAUUCAUUUAAUUGACACUUGUGCAGAAACCGAUAUAUGAAAACACAAUUCAGAGAUAAAUUCAACCAGUCGAUCUAAAAUAAGUCGUGAUAUAAUUACAGAUUGACUGGUUGAACGUUAAAUACUUUCUAAAAGCUUGACCACUGGUAUUAUCACACAAUACACACGAAGUUUAGUAGGAAACUUGGCAGAAAUUAGUGGAGAGGAUGCCAAAAGUCUCUGGCUCGACUCCCUUUGCCUGUGUGAGGGCCGAAUUACAAGUCUUCUGUAAUAAGCAGUAUAUAUUCUAUAGCAACCAAAAAUCCAUUGUGAAAACAAACAUGGCAUCCUUCAAAUAUUAUACAGUUGUAGUAGUAGCAGUAUGGAUAGCAGCAGCUAAUAUUAUCUUAAUGGCAACAUCUUCUAUUAUAUCACCAUCACCAUCACCAUCACCAUCAUCGUCAUCACCAGAGGCAGAGGCUCUUCUCCGCACUGGUUGGUGGGGGUACAGUACUGUUCCAGUUGACACUUCUGCAAGUCAUUGUGAGUGGAAAGGCAUAGCUUGCAAUGAGCUUGGAAAUGUCAUUGGGAUUGACCUUUCUUAUUCCUACUAUGAAUUAGAGGGGCACCAGCUGGAGACAUUGAACAUGUCUUCCUUUCCAAACUUAGUAAGUCUCAAUCUCAGCGGCUGUGGGCUCAAUGGAAACAUCCCGUAUGAAAUCGGAAGGUUGUCCAAACUCAAUUACCUUCGACUUUCUAGAAAUAAUCUUACAGGUGUGUUGCCUCUUUCCCUGGCUAACCUCACCCAACUACUCGAGCUUGACAUUUCUUUCAAUAAUGUCAGUGGCUCUAUCCCCGCAGAAAUUGGAAGGAUGUGGAAACUUACAUCUCUUCAACUUUCUAACAAUUAUCUUAUAGGUUCGCUACCUCUUUCCUUGGCUAACCUCACCCAACUACUCGAGCUUGACAUUUCUUCCAAUCAUGUCAGCGGCUCCAUCCCCCCAGAAAUAGGGAAACUUGAAACUCUGACAUCUUUGUUCCUUUCUUCAAAUCAUUUGAAUGGCUCCAUCCCCCCAGAAAUAGGGAAACUUGAAACUCUGACAUCUUUGUUCCUUUCUUCAAAUCAUUUGAAUGGCUCUUUCCCCACAGAAAUUGGACGGUUGUCAAACCUCAAUUACCUUGACGUUUGUUCCAAUUAUGUCAGCGGUUCCAUUCCCCCAGUUAUUGGAGAAUUGACAAAUUUAGUUCACUUGGACCUUUCCCAAAAUUUGUUAAGUGGAACCAUCCCAAAAGAACUGGUGAAUUGCCAACGGUUAGAGUACUUGGGAGUGGGUGAUAAUUUAUUGAGGGGAAGGAUUCCGGUAGAGAUUAGUCAUCUUUCUAUGCUGCACUAUCUGAACCUCAGUCAUAAUUUCAUCAGUGGAAAGAUAUCUAUUCUAGCAAAAACUUCUGCGGAGUUAAAUUACUUGGAUGUCUCUCACAAUAAUUUUUCAGGCACUAUUCCCAGUUCAUUUAACUUUUCUUAUUCGAGGCCAACCAUUGACUUGUCAUACAAUGAUUUUGAGGGAGAAAUCCCACAAGGUUUUCAACUACGAUCCAACCCAUUGGAAUUAUGGGGAAAUAAAGGCUUAUGUGGUUUUGUCCAAGGUUUCCCUCCUUGUAACACAGUCGAGUCACCCGGGACCUUCAUUUUGAUUGUCGUCAUUAUUUUCCUUGCCUACUUAUUCCUUGGAGCUAUUUUCUUCUGCUGUAAUAAGUUUAGAAGAGAUACUCAAUCAGAAGAAAGGGCAAUAAAGAACGGAAAUAUGUUCUCAGUGUGGAAUUAUGAUGGAAGAAUUGUAUACGAAGACAUAAUUGAAGCAACAAAUGACUUUGAUAUUAGAUACUGCAUUGGAACAGGUGGUUAUGGCAGUGUUUACAAGGCGGAGCUGCCUUGUGGUAAAGUAGUUGCAUUGAAGAAACUUCACAGGUUAGAAGCUGAGGAGCCAGCCUUCGACAAGAGCUUUAAGAAUGAGGUGCAAAUGUUAACAUAUAUAAGGCAUCGGAACAUCGUCAAGCUUUACGGAUUUUGUUUGCACAAUCGUUGCAUGUUCCUGAUUUACGAGUACAUGGAAAGAGGAAGCUUAUUUUGUGCCCUAAGAUAUGAUAUUGAAGCUGUGGAAUUGAAUUGGACAAAGAGAGUGAACACCAUUAAAGGCAUUGCACAUGCUUUGUCUUACAUGCAUCAUGAUUGCAAUCCACCAAUUGUUCACCGCGACAUAUCAAGCAACAAUAUCCUGUUGAACUCGGAAUUGGACGCGUUUGUUUCUGAUUUUGGCACAGCUAGAAGGUUGUAUCCUGAUUCAUCAAAUCAAUCUGCACUUGCAGGCACUUAUGGAUAUAUUGCCCCAGAACUUGCCUACACUAUGGUGGUGAAUGAAAAGUGCGAUGUAUAUAGUUUUGGAGUUGUGGCACUAGAAACACUCAUGGGAAGGCAUCCAGGAGAAUUUCUCCAAUCAUUGGCAUCAGCAUCUACUCAAAAUAUGAUGUUAAAUGAUGUGUUAGAUGCACGCCUCCCACCUCCAUCGCGCGGAGUGGUUGCACAGGAUGUUGUUCUAGUUGCUACAUUGGCAUUUGCUUGUUUACAUUCUGAACCAAAAUACCGACCAACAAUGUCACGCGUUUCUCAAGAGUUUCUUAUUUUCAAGUACUCACUAGCUAAACCUCUACCGAAAGUUUCAUUGUCGCAGCUGAUGAAUCAAGAUAUGCAUUUGAUCAAUUUUAUAUAUAUAUAUAUAUAUAUAUAUAUAUUCUACGUACAGCAACCAAAUGCAUCCAUCCAUUUAUCCAUUCUGCAAAUAAACAUGGCGUUCUUCCAUUUAUCCACUCUGCAAAUAAAGAUGGCGGUCUUCAAAUAUUGUGCAGUAGUAUGGAUAGUCCUUAAUAUUAUCUCAAUAGCAUCAUAUAUUAUAUUAAAGCCAUCAUUAGUCAUGAGUUUGCCUGUCAUCAUCAUUUCCCUUGCCUUCUUAAUCAUUGGAACUAUUUUCUUCUGCCAUAACAAGGUUAGAAAAGAUACUGAUCAAUCUGAAGAAAGGGCAACAAAUAACGGAGAUAUAUUCUCAGUGUGGAAUUAUGAUGGACGCAUUGUGUAUGAAGAUAUGAUCAAAGCGACAGAUGACUUCGAUAUAAGAUAUUGCAUUGGAACAGGUGGGUAUGGCAGUGUUUAUAAGGCAGAGCUGCCAAAUGGCAAAGUAGUUGCGUUGAAGAAACUACAUCGGUUAGAAGCUGAGGAACCAGCUUUCGACAAGAGCUUCAAGAAUGAGGUGAAAAUGUUAACACGUAUAAGGCAUCGGAGCAUUGUCAAGCUUUACGGAUUUUGUUUGCACAAGCGUUGCAUGUUCCUAAUUUAUGAGUACAUGGAAAGAGGAAGCUUGUUCUGUACCCUAAGAUACGAUGAUGAAGCUGUAGAAUUGGAUUGGAGUAGGAGGGUGAACACCAUUAAAGACAUUGCACAUGCUUUGUCUUACAUGCAUCAUGAUUGCAAUCCACCAAUUAUUCACCGUGACUUAUCAAGUAACAAUGUUUUGUUGAAUUCGGAAUUCGAGGCCUUUGUAUCUGAUUUUGGCACUGCUAGACGGUUGUAUCCUGAUUCAUCAAACCAAAGUAUACUUGCAGGCACUUGCGGAUAUAUUGCCCCAGAACUUGCCUAUACCAUGGCCGUGAAUGAAAAAUGCGAUGUCUAUAGCUUUGGGAUGGUGGCACUAGAAACACUCUUGGGAAAGCAUCCGGGAGAACUUCUCCGGUCAUUGGCAUCAACAUCUAAUCAAAAUAUAAUGCUAAGUGAUGUGUUAGAUGCCCGCCUCCCAGCUCCAGCACAUGGACUGGUUGCACAAAAUGUUGUUUUGGUUGCUACAUUGGCAUUUGCUUGCUUACGUUCUGAACCAAAGUCUCGCCCAACAAUGCUACGGGUUUCUCAAGAGUUUCUUACUUGCAAGUCUCUAGCUAAAUCUCUUCCGGGAAUUUCGCUGUGGCAGCUAAUGAAUCAAAAUAAAUAUGUGAUCAAUUAAUCCUUGUAUUAGUCAAUACCGAAUAUGGAAUGAUGGGGUUAAUUUCUUGCUGGACUUUAUGCAUUUGUAUUACAAAUCAAGAUGUUUAUCCGUUCAAUUGAUCCAUUAUGCCAAAAAUAUUUGGUGACACAAUAAAAUGUACGAAAUGAUAGAGUAGGUUUGUUGUAAACAUACAAAUUAAAUGUUUUC